GGCUCCAGAUUCUUUGUCGAGCACCACGAGCCGCACAAAUGUAUAGUAGGAUCCCGUGAAGUCGAGGGAGUAGGGGAGGACCGGAGGAGUCGAGGGAGCGAGUUGGGGAGAGAGGAAUUACCAUGGCAACGGUGGCCGGCGGCGGGAACAUGAUGACGAGGGAGCAGCUACUCCACCUCUUCUCCCGCUUCUCGUUUCUUACCUCACUCCCAGAGGUGAAGAACCGAAUCGCGGACGCCGUCAGGGACAAGCAGGAGGCUGUGGCGGUGACGACCGAGAUACAGGAGGAGAUUCUUCGUGAGAUGGGGAUCGAUCCAAGUUUCGGUAUUGGUUGCCUAGGAAAGUUGAACGCCGUAUUUGAGAAUGACAUGGAUUUAAUGAUUAAAUUCUACCAAUUUGUUGCCAAGGAAGAGAUGGCUAUUGAUGAAGCUGAGCUCGAGCCUAUAGAAUUUGCCAUGAAAAUACAUGAUCAACAGGAAUUACAACAACAGCAACUGGAGAUGUUAGUUCAAAUGAGAAAGCACAGCCCUGAGAGUCAAUCUGUCAUACUUGAGACUUUGCACAAGCAGUUGGAGAGCGCUAAUUUUGAUACCAGUGCGUCGAUCCUGACUCCGGAGCAGAUCCAAGAGAUUGUUCAGAAUAGUUCCCAUCUUCCCAAAGAAUAAGAGAUUCAUGUUCGCGACUAUAUUCCCACUGUCUUUUCUCCCUUAGAGCUGAUGGAUUUAUUCUACUCAUUCACGAAGCAACUUAAUGUUAUUCUGCAGACUGAAAUGGCCCAAAAUGUUGUAUACAGCAGCUUAAUGCUACUUGCCUUGAACCUCAUCAAAUUUGUAUGCAAUUGGAAUUGUUGAACAAUGUUGAAAAUAUUAGUGUCCUGGACAGCCAAUCUCGCUGCCCAUCCA